AGCCGUGAGCGGAUUGACAUUGCUCUUCCCCGCCGCUCCCGCUGCCUCCGUUGCCCACGUUCCUCCGCGACCGGCAGCAGAGAGAGAGAGAGAGAGCAAUGGACGCCAACAUGACCUCGCAGACGAACUCGGAGCGAGAACAGCGGUUGCGGGAGCUGAUCUCUGAGUUUCGCACCGCUGCCACCGACGGCAUCCGCGUCGAGCUCGUGGACAAGGAGUCGCAGCUCGUGUGCCAGGGCAUCUUUAAGCUGGACUCGGCCCAGAUGACUAUGAGCCUCCAGCCCGCGUUCCUGCCGGAGACGAGCUGGAGCAUGCGCGAAAUCGGCGCCGUGAUGAAGGGCAAAGAGUUUGCAAGGUGCGUCCCCGAGCUGGCCCACCUCUCCGCGAAGUGUAUCGGUUUGCGGAUUUUGACACUGAGACGCAGAUCAGAUGCCUUCACUUCGACGACAAAAAGGUUCGGGACGAUUUCUACGCCUGCCUGAAGAUCCUGCGCACGUGUGCCGGGAGUGUCCAUUCUGGUACUGUGGCUGGGGGUUGAGGAAGCCACCGGGGCAGCCUGCAGGGGGACGCACACCGACAUACGCACAUCAAUAUCUUUGGCGCGGCAUUUUAGCACUGCUCAGUGUCGUAGUGCAAGCGUCGCAACGGGUAGCAAGAGACAUUAGCAGUGGAAAGUUCACGGGACGCUGAUGAAAAGAAGCAUGCUCGCAUUGAAGUGCGUGCUGGAAGCGAGGCCGCACGUUCGGACCGAUCUUCCUUGUAUCCUGGCAGAACCGCUGGCAAUAGGAGGAUCUUCGGACGCAAUCCGGCACGCUUGGAAAGAACUCCUUGGCAACACCUUCGCAGGCAUCGCUUGCGCAGCGAAGUGCGCCGUGCGGGAGCUGGCAUGUUCGAACAGCACCGCAUUUUGCGCUGCACGGUUUCAGGAUCGGAGGGAAGCGGUGCUCUGGCCUCGCUGGGAACGCAGUAAGGAGACAAACCUUCUGCAGGCCCACUGUAACCUGGCCCCCCCUCACUUUCACUUGAGCUUGAAGUUCCCCUUGGCGCGGGUCGCGAGGAAGCUUCGCUCCGUUUUUACAUUUUUAAAGUUCAGCCUUCUCAUCGUCCCCCCGCUCCUCCUCCUCGUCCUCUUCGUCUUCCAUCUUCUCCUCCUUCUCCUCCUCCUUCUCCUCCUCCUCCUCCUCCUCCAGCGCCGAUCCAAGGAAUCCGCGCGGACCUCCGACAUUUCAUGUCUAUGCCAGUGUCUGUUGUUCUCCAUCACAGGGCGAGGG